CGAUGAUCAUAGGUGGCACGUGACUAGCCUGUGGGAAGAACUAUACAGUUGAAAAGUGGAGUUUCGGCACCUGCCCACUCUCGUCUCCCCAAACCGCGUCUAGCGCUCCUCAAGACUCUUUCUAAAUUCGUCGUCACCACCAAAACCUUAAGCAGCCAUGGGUCGUAUGCACGCUCCCGGAAAGGGUAUCUCGUCUUCUGCUCUUCCUUACCGCCGCGCACCCCCUACCUGGUUGAAGACUACCCCAGAGGAUGUUAUUGACCACAUUAUCAAACUCGCCCGAAAGGGUCUUACCCCAUCUCAGAUCGGUGUUACCCUCCGUGACUCGCAUGGUAUCCCCCAAGUGCGAUUUGUUACCGGAAACAAGAUCCUACGUAUCCUCAAAAGCAAUGGACUUGGCCCAUCCAUCCCUGAGGACCUUUGGCACCUCAUCAAAAAGGCGGUUGCCGUCCGCAAGCACUUGGAGACCAACCGAAAGGACAAGGACUCCAAGUUCCGUCUUAUUUUGAUUGAGUCUAGAAUUCAUCGUCUCGCUCGUUACUACAAAACUAAGCAGCAGAUUCCUCCGACGUUCAAAUACGAUUCGGCAACUGCAUCUACCUUGAUUGCUUGAGUGGGCGCAGUGGUCUCACAUAUGCCUUUUAUACGAGAACUAUGUAUGUAAUGUGGUAUGCAAUCGAAUGAUUAUGUGCAUGGUUGAUCCUUCGAGAAAGGGUUCUUCAUCUAUUUUUUG